AUGGACGGCUGUCUCUGCAACACAAUCCAUACCCUGGCAAAGGACUACAACGAGGCCCAAGCCAUAGAACUGAUCCCGGCGCUAAAUCGCCAUCUAGAAGAUCUGCGACAAUUCUUAGCCAAGGCGAGUUCGCUCAGUCGUCAUGUGCAGUAUCAGAUCACACCACGAAACCAACGAACCGGCAAGGCUCUCUUUGUAGACAAGGUUGAUCUCACCCCUGUCGAUCGGGUAUUCUCAAGAUUCGAGAACGGUGUGAUUGGUUUCUGGGCAGACUCGGAUGAUCGUGUUCAUCUUGAGCUGCGGCGGAGACUCGCCUGCGUUGUGAUUUUUCUUCGAUCUAAACUGGAUCCUCAGAUACUGGCUCCUCCUCAGGUGGCUGAGGUAUUUCCGGGGGCGCGGAGUUUCACAGAUCUGAGAAAUGCGGGGAGGAAGUAUGUUCAGAUAGCCCAGAGACUAGGUGGCGUAGGAGCAAUCUUCUGGCUUCCACUCAACGUCCCAGCUUCAACUUAUGAGAGGUAUCUGAGUGUUGAUGAUGAAGAAGUCUUCACCCAUUUAUCAUCCCUCAAUCCAACAUUCGAGAAAUACAAUGGGCUUGUACAGCGCCUGGUCCUCAGCCAGCUAUGCGAUCCUCCUUCGCCAGUACGAUAUCACAAUCUGUUUAGUGAGUUCAAUUUAUUUGUUCCUGCUCAAGAUCAGUUAUAUCUUGUGAUGUACGUACUCGGUGGCACGAAAAUACCGGCUGUCUUGUUGGAAGGAAUCCGCUUGCCACAACGACGUUGGAACGCCGACGGAGAGGUGGGUGAAACCAGUGCGUUUCAGUUUGGCCUUCCAGAUGCCGUCGUCAGUCUUCUGUGCGAUGAAGCAAAGCUCUCUGAGGUCAUAGCAGGCCCGUAUAUUGUUGAACAAAUCCAAGCAGACGAUACCAUAGCUUGGUCCCUCAGCCCCGAACGAAUUUCGAGUCUCGAGGAAGCCUUGACGCCGCAGACGAUCGAAGUGCUCGAGACGACGGCGCUGAAGCUCAUCUGUUUUGUUUGCCCACUGUGCUAUGAGGGAAACACGGACUGGUCACCGUCGCUGAAACAACAAGUGUGGCCAAUACUACAAAGGCUUCUGAGAACAUGCAAGAUAACAGCUUCCCUCAGGACCCACAUUAUUGAAGCCGUCCUGUAUUUCUGUGAAAGAGACUCACUUACCAUCCGCCAUGCUGCAGUUAAGCAGGCCAAACUGCUGUUACGAAAGUCAAUGCCCUACUAUCUCCACGCCUCGGUUGUUCUGUUCCGUAGCAUACUCCAUAGAGUUGACGGCGAACUUGCCAAGUCGGAAGCUCACAUACGCGACUUUCUAUGGCGAGGGCCACGCCCGAGUACUCGUCGGGACCAUGCACUCGAGGGCCGUCUACACAUUUCCCAAAUGGAGAACAAGAUUAGGUGCUACGAUACUGAUGUGCCAUCGUUUGCCUACAAAUGGAAGGCUCAACAGCCGCUAUCAACCCUGGACAUGGAAGUGACGUUUCGGCUCCAGAGCACAGCCGCUCGAUACUUUCAGUCAAUAGGCGAUUUUGACGCAGCGAGGGCAUCAACAGAACAGUUUUUGUCACUGGGUCGAAUCAAACCUAUCCCCAUAAACUCACGUCGAGUCCUGCUAGGGAGAUUAUCUGAUGUGUACUGCGAGAUGGGAGAGUACGACAAAGCCAUGGGGAUUCUGGAACCUGAACUAGAGCAUAUCGAUCCUAGUGACCGCAUCCGUCGUGGAUUCCGAAGGCUGAUUCUGGCACUGGUAGAGGCAAACAUCGGUAUGGAACAUUUGGAUGCAGCAGAGUCGACACUGCGGGAGUUAUCGAUUUAUCUGCCUCCCAGUCCAGAUGAUAUCAAUGACCAGCAGCUAUAUAUACGAACACUUCUGGCGUCGGCUCGAAUAGCCCAUAUGAGGAUGGAUCCUGGUGAAGCUAUACUACGCUGGACACUUGCACUUGAACAAGUUAGCAGUAUGCAUGCGCUCGGUUCAUCUCAUGGGUUCAUAGCCGCUGUGUGUCACUUGUCCUUGGCUCACGCUCAACUCUCGAUCGGUGAGAAGGAUGAGGCUCAUCGCUCAUGGAAAACAGGGCUGAAGAUAUUGGCGUAUGAGAAGUGCGAAUUCUGGAUUCCUGUUGUGCCUACCGCUUGGCUUCGGAGGAUAGCGGCAGAUAUAUACCAUUCCCAAGGCUGGCCAUUUCGUAUGAUGCUACCUGGAGGGAAUCCAGAUGUCACGCAACAUCUUUUCCAAUUUAGUAGCCAUAGCACGUAA